AGCUCCAUCCUCCGCACUCCAGCACCGUUCGACGUCGCUUCCGUUUCCGCGCGACGGGUACGCAGUGCAGGCCACAUGCGCUACCCGGCAAACGCCCACCCCCUUGGACGUAGCUUCGGGCGUCAAAACACCAUUGCCUUUAGUUUUCACGUCUAGGACAUUUUUUUGUCUUUUCUUUGGUACACCAUGGUUGUAACAGCUUGUUUAGCGUAGGCGUUGGCGUUGGCGUUUGGGCCGGUGAGGUAUCGGCCUCGGCUAGUGGUUAAGCGAGGUUGAAGCGGGCCAUCCUGAAGAGGAAAAUGGCAGGUGUUUUGGCUCGCGGAAUUUUCCUGGGUGAGGCUAGAAGAGCAUUGUUACGUUGCUUGCGCGCUGGGAGUGUAGACCUGAGAAGUUGGGGCGCCUUUUUGUCUUUUUGUCUAUUGUACAUCGUGUGGUUCCUUCUUUAUCAGUUGUAUUUUCCCAACCUUGCUUCAUCGUAUACUUUGUAUAUACUCUACCUUCUACAAACUCACGUACUCCCUAUCCAUCACAUCAAUUACACCGCCUUAUUGCAACGCCCUACCACCCUCCUCGUCUCGACGUCACCUCCAGCCCCAGCGGCCCUCACCGUCCCAAUCACCAUCACAACCCCUAAGCCCUACAAGGCUACCCCACCGCCCGUUCCAGACCAGCUGAACUCCCUCUUCGCUUACAAUGGCCGCUUCGGCCACAGCCCUGCGCAGCUGAGCCCGACGCAGCGGUCAGCUCGGCCUGUCUAGCGUGACGUCCCGAUCGCGAACCCGCUCCGCAAGGCGAGGGUGCGCCGAGGAUCUUGGUGGCGCAUGUAGGGCUGACACGUGGGAAUG